UAUCGCGUGCGUGGGGAGACCUCCGUGAACCCUGACCCCGGCUUUCCGUGGCGUCCCGCGUUUGCCGCCCCCGCCCCCGGAGCGAAGGAGGCGGGUUUUGGCCUCUUGCCCUAGGGAGCGAGUGCGGAGAGAGUGGGAGCGAGACCAACCCGAGCGGAGGUGUCUGGCUCCCCGGAGAGGCCCUGCUGUACUCGCUGCCCAUGAGCUCCUUUUCCAGCGAGCAGCGCCGUCAUUAGGCCGACCCCGCAGCCUCUGCUUCCUCCAGGACAGGCCCACGCCUUUCCGAGGAGGGGGCAGCCAGUCGAGGCGCCUCCCUAGUCGGCGUCGGCGUCGCGCUGCGACCCUGGAAGCGGGAGCCGCCGCGAGCGGGAGGAGGAGCCCCAGCAACAGCGGCGGCGGCAGCGGCAGCGGGCAGCAGCACCGGCAACGCCAGCGGGCGGGAUCGAGGCCGUCAACAUGGCGAGCGCCUCGUACCACAUUUCCAAUUUGCUGGAAAAAAUGACAUCCAGCGACAAGGACUUCAGGUUUAUGGCUACAAAUGAUUUGAUGACAGAACUGCAGAAAGAUUCCAUCAAGCUGGAUGAUGACAGUGAAAGGAAAGUGGUGAAAAUGAUUUUGAAGUUACUGGAAGAUAAAAAUGGAGAGGUACAGAAUUUAGCUGUCAAAUGUCUUGGCCCCUUAGUGAGUAAAGUGAAAGAAUACCAAGUAGAGACAAUUGUAGAUACCCUCUGCACUAACAUGCUUUCUGAUAAGGAACAACUUCGAGAUAUUUCAAGUAUUGGCCUUAAAACAGUAAUUGGAGAACUUCCUCCAGCUUCCAGUGGCUCUGCAUUAGCUGCUAAUGUAUGUAAAAAGAUUACGGGACGUCUUACCAGUGCAAUAGCGAAGCAGGAAGAUGUCUCUGUUCAGCUAGAAGCCUUGGAUAUUAUGGCUGAUAUGUUGAGCAGGCAAGGAGGACUUCUUGUUAAUUUCCAUCCUUCAAUUCUGACCUGUCUGCUCCCCCAGUUGACCAGCCCUAGACUUGCAGUGAGGAAAAGAACCAUUAUUGCUCUUGGCCAUCUGGUUAUGAGCUGUGGAAAUAUAGUUUUUGUAGAUCUUAUUGAACAUCUGUUGUCAGAAUUAUCCAAAAAUGAUUCCAUGUCAACAACAAGAACCUACAUACAAUGUAUUGCUGCAAUUAGUAGGCAAGCUGGUCAUAGAAUAGGUGAAUACCUUGAGAAGAUAAUUCCUUUGGUGGUAAAAUUUUGUAAUGUAGAUGACGAUGAAUUAAGAGAGUACUGCAUUCAAGCCUUUGAGUCAUUUGUGAGAAGAUGUCCUAAGGAGGUAUAUCCUCAUGUUUCUACCAUUAUAAAUAUUUGUCUUAAAUAUCUUACCUAUGAUCCAAAUUAUAAUUAUGAUGAUGAAGAUGAAGAUGAAAAUGCCAUGGAUGCAGAUGGUGGUGAUGAUGAUGACCAAGGGAGCGAUGAUGAAUACAGUGAUGACGAUGACAUGAGUUGGAAAGUGAGACGUGCAGCUGCUAAGUGUUUGGAUGCUGUAGUUAGCACAAGGCAUGAAAUGCUUCCAGAAUUCUACAAGACUGUCUCUCCUGCACUGAUAUCCAGAUUUAAAGAGCGUGAAGAGAAUGUGAAGGCAGAUGUUUUUCAUGCAUACCUUUCUCUUUUGAAGCAAACUCGUCCUGUACAAAGUUGGCUAUGUGACCCUGAUGCAAUGGAGCAGGGAGAAACACCUUUAACAAUGCUUCAGAGUCAGGUUCCCAACAUUGUUAAAGCUCUGCACAAACAGAUGAAAGAAAAAAGUGUGAAGACCCGACAGUGUUGUUUUAACAUGUUAACUGAACUGGUAAAUGUACUACCUGGGGCCCUAACGCAACACAUUCCUGUACUUGUGCCAGGAAUCAUUUUCUCACUGAAUGAUAAAUCAAGCUCAUCAAAUUUGAAGAUUGAUGCUUUGUCGUGUCUGUAUGUAAUCCUCUGUAACCACUCUCCUCAAGUCUUCCAUCCUCACGUUCAGGCUUUGGUCCCUCCGGUGGUGGCUUGUGUUGGAGACCCAUUUUACAAGAUUACAUCUGAAGCACUUCUUGUUACCCAGCAACUUGUCAAAGUAAUUCGUCCUUUAGAUCAGCCUUCCUCGUUUGAUGCAACUCCUUAUAUCAAAGAUCUAUUUACCUGUACCAUUAAGAGGUUGAAAGCAGCUGACAUUGAUCAGGAGGUCAAGGAAAGGGCUAUUUCUUGUAUGGGACAAAUUAUUUGCAACCUUGGAGACAAUUUGGGUUCUGAUUUGCCUAAUACACUUCAGAUUUUCUUGGAGAGGCUAAAGAAUGAAAUUACCCGUUUAACUACAGUGAAGGCAUUGACACUGAUUGCUGGGUCGCCUUUGAAGAUAGAUUUGAGGCCUGUCCUGGGAGAAGGGGUUCCUAUCCUUGCUUCAUUUCUCAGGAAAAACCAGAGAGCUUUGAAACUGGGUACCCUUUCUGCCCUAGAUAUUCUAAUUAAAAACUAUAGUGACAGCUUAACAGCUGCCAUGAUUGAUGCAGUUCUAGAUGAGCUCCCACCUCUUAUCAGUGAAAGUGAUAUGCAUGUUUCACAGAUGGCCAUCAGUUUCCUUACCACACUGGCAAAAGUGUAUCCCUCCUCCCUUUCAAAGAUAAGUGGAUCCAUUCUCAAUGAACUUAUUGGACUUGUGAGAUCACCUUUAUUACAGGGGGGAGCUCUUAGCGCCAUGCUAGACUUUUUCCAAGCUCUGGUUGUCACUGGAACAAAUAAUCUAGGAUACAUGGAUUUGUUGCGCAUGCUGACUGGUCCGGUUUAUUCUCAGAGCACCGCUCUUACUCACAAGCAGUCUUACUAUUCUAUUGCCAAAUGUGUAGCUGCCCUUACUCGAGCAUGCCCUAAAGAAGGACCAGCUGUAGUAGGUCAGUUUAUUCAAGAUGUCAAGAACUCAAGGUCUACAGAUUCCAUUCGUCUCUUAGCUCUGCUUUCUCUCGGAGAAGUUGGGCAUCAUAUUGACUUAAGUGGGCAGCUGGAACUAAAAUCUGUAAUAUUAGAAGCCUUCUCAUCUCCUAGUGAAGAAGUUAAAUCAGCCGCCUCUUAUGCUUUAGGCAGCAUUAGUGUGGGCAACCUUCCUGAGUAUCUGCCAUUUGUCUUACAAGAAAUAACCAGUCAACCCAAAAGGCAGUAUCUUCUGCUUCAUUCCUUGAAGGAAAUUAUUAGCUCUGCAUCAGUAGUGGGCCUUAAACCAUAUGUUGAAAACAUUUGGGCCUUACUGCUAAAGCACUGUGAGUGUGCAGAAGAAGGAACCAGAAAUGUUGUUGCUGAAUGUCUAGGAAAACUCACUCUAAUUGAUCCAGAAACUCUCCUUCCACGGCUUAAGGGGUAUUUGAUAUCAGGCUCAUCAUAUGCCCGGAGCUCAGUGGUUACAGCUGUGAAGUUUACUAUUUCUGAUCAUCCACAACCUAUUGAUCCCCUGUUAAAGAACUGCAUAGGUGAUUUCCUAAAAACAUUGGAAGACCCAGAUUUGAAUGUAAGAAGAGUAGCCUUGGUCACAUUCAAUUCAGCAGCACAUAAUAAACCAUCGUUAAUAAGGGAUCUUCUAGAUACCGUUCUGCCACAUCUUUAUAAUGAAACAAAAGUUAGAAAGGAGCUUAUAAGAGAGGUAGAAAUGGGUCCAUUUAAGCAUACAGUUGAUGACGGACUGGAUAUUAGAAAGGCAGCUUUUGAGUGUAUGUACACACUUUUAGACAGUUGUCUUGAUAGACUAGAUAUCUUUGAAUUUCUAAAUCAUGUUGAAGAUGGUUUGAAGGACCAUUACGAUAUUAAGAUGCUAACAUUUUUAAUGUUGGUGAGACUCUCCACCCUUUGUCCAAGUGCAGUACUACAGAGGUUGGACCGACUUGUUGAGCCAUUACGUGCCACAUGUACAACUAAGGUGAAGGCAAACUCAGUAAAGCAGGAGUUUGAAAAGCAAGAUGAACUAAAGCGAUCUGCCAUGAGAGCAGUAGCAGCGCUGCUAACCAUUCCAGAAGCAGAGAAGAGUCCACUGAUGAGUGAAUUCCAGUCACAGAUCAGUUCUAACCCUGAGCUGGCGGCCAUCUUUGAAAGUAUCCAAAAAGAUUCAUCAUCUACUAACUUGGAAUCAAUGGACACUAGUUAGAUGUUUGUUCAACAUGAGGACCAUUAUAUUGACCAUAUGAUGCACUGAAUUGACAGGUUAAUCAGAAAACAUGGAAAGAGAAGUAUUUAAGGCUUCAAAAUGUUCCAUAUUUUUUUUUCCUUUGCGGAGACAGUUUGGCUUUCUUCCAUUGUUGUUUUUGUAGCAUUUCUUUCAGAAACAUGUAUUUCCACAAUCUCCAGAGGUUGUAAAACCACUAAUGUCUUAGUGGUUAGGGCAACAUUUAAAAAAUGGAAACUAAAAGUUAGGAUUUAUGGAGAUAGGGUCCAGUAUCUAUUUGCCCUGUAAUGUUUAGGAUUAAAAUGUUAAAAUUUUGUGACCAUGAAUUUCUUUCUUUUAUAAAUUUUCUUUUAAAAGUCAAAAAUUCUGCAAGAUGAAAACCAUGUUUUUCUUGUAUAACUUUUUGUUUCAGCAACAUAAAUUGAUUUUUAGCUGGCAGACAAUAUCUGUGUAAGAUUUGUUACAUUUCAAAGGGUUUGACAGUUUAAAAAGAUAACGUAUCAUUUUUUAAGUAUGGGGAUUAAUGAUAUCCCUGUUGCGCACACUAAUUUUGCAUGAGCAAGUUUACAAAUAUAUAUUGUCUGUAAAGCAGCAUGUGCAGAUUAUUCAUAAUAACAAAAGUUAAAAUAAGUAUUAUUGUAUUAGUGCAAUUUUCAGAUAUUUAUUUUUGCACAGAAAACAUAUCUGGAGAGAGAGAGAGAGAGAGGAGUAAAUUUUUGAAACUUUGGUUUUCUUAAUGCCAGUGUGAAUUUGCAGAUGUUUUCAGCAAAUCAAGUCACAAUAACAAUUUGCCACUUUUUCUAUUACAAAUUUUCUUACACAUUUAAAAUUUGAAUAUUUAAGUACUCAGUUUUUCUCAGUUACCCAUUUGUGUGUGUGUGUUUCCACUUAGAAAUUUUUAAAACCAGGUGUUUCUUUCAUUCCCUUUGGAUCCCUGCAUUCCUUAUCGAAGGAUACAAAUACUGUGUAUGCUUUUGAAUUUUAUUUUUAGGAAAAUUCUGAAGCAGACUAUCACAGGUUUGUUAGCUAAUAUAGUAUUUUCUUUUGGUUGGGUUAGAUUCCCCCCCCUUCUUGUAGAGCUAAUUUACAUAUUGUAUUUGGUAAGUGUUGGCUACUUUUCCUCAUUAAGGGGUCUGUGCUGGGGGGAAACAAAGCUUUGCAGUACCUUAUAUUGUAGUUAAAAUUUUAUUUAACCUACCCUUCAGUGAGCUUAUUUCACACUGUAGCCUCUUCCUUCAAAUUUGUGGUGCUCCUGUAACAGUAAGAACUAAUUUCUGAAAUAAAAGACAUCUCCUAAUGCUGUGCAAACAUAGUUUACAUGUAUUGAAGGAGGCAGUUGUUAAAUUGACCAAUUUAAGCAAUCAUAUUUGAAAACUGCACCCUUUAUUUUUGAAACUGUGAAUUAGAAAUACUUUUCCUGCUGUAUAACUUCCUGCUUUAACAUCUGAAUAUGCAGUGAUUUUAAUUGAUAACAUACUGUGGUUAUUAGAUUAACAGCUUGAUUUCAAAUGUUCAGAUGAUAAUGCAUAAGACAUCAUUACCCGUAAGGAUUUUAGUACAUUAAUAUAGAACGUUACAUGAAGUUGGUGCCAUUUCAAAAAUGUGGCAAGUGAUAAUCUUAUACCAUAAUUUGCAUAAAACUGUAAUAGAAAUUUAUUUUGAGAUGUCAGUAUAUUAUGUACUAUGCAUUACCGUGGUAUAGAUGUUGUGGAUAUAUUUAAGUAUUUGGUUACAUGGUUUCACAAUAAAUUAAAAUACUGCAGGCUCUAGGACCAUAUAGGAGACUGACAUGCAUAUGUUGUGUGAAUGUCUUAGUUAAUUGUCUAAAGUUAAAUCCAAAUACUUUUCAUGUAUUGGAUUUUUUUUUUUUUAACUUCCAAGAUGGCAUGGUUUUUUAAGUCUUGGAAGAUGGCUAAUUUUUCUAACAUAGCUGAAAAUCUAUCUUUUAAUACAAAAAUAGAUCACACUUUUUUCUAGUAGUAGAUAUGAUUUUAGUGCUUUUUAAAAUAUAUAUAUAUUUACAUAUAUAUAUAUUUAUGUACAUGACAAAAUUAGGUAAUGGAGAAGAAAACUCAGAUUUUAAAUGCUGAGUUCUACUGAUUAACUCUGUACUUGUAGUGGUCAGGUCAAUACUAGAAUGGAGGUUGUAAGAUGUGGAGUCCAGUCAUAGUCUGCUACUCACUACUCUUGCCAGUCUUACAUAUUAUUAGGAAGUUCUGCUUAGCAGUUCUCCGUAUGUAGGUUUCUCAGGAGAGCUACAAGUUCAUAGAAAAACUGCUGUUUGUUUGCUGAUUUUCUUGAGGACACAUCAACUGUUUAGAACUACCUGGCUUUUUUUUUUCCUUCUUAAGUUCAAUAUGGGGAGUUGCAUUUGGAGGUUAUUUUAUGAAACUAAAGCGGAAAGGAAAUUUGGUAUGGCAAGGCCUAAUGUAAAAAUUUGUCAUUCAGUGCUAUUGAUUUUAUAUGUAAUUUUUAAAAAGUGGUCAGGUCUUCACGUUAGUGAGGUCUAAAGCUUCCUAACCAUUAGGAUUUAGAAUGCUUAAAAGGAGUAUGAUGACUUCAUCAAAUGUUUGAAUAUUUACCAAAAAAUUUAUGUAACCACAAUUAAUCAAAUGGUAAAUAAUCGGGGCAUAUCUAAUUUAACCAGUUCUAGGGGAUGUUUUGAUAUUUUAUAGCUCACUCUUGGACAGCAAAUAAUACAAUUAUAUAGGUAUGAUCGAAGCUCAAUAAUGUUCAAAAUCCCUGGUCAUUGAAACAGUUAAUAAGCCAUGUAAGCUUUAUUUAGCCACAUGACAAAGUAUAUGGCAAUACUUCACAAUUAAAAAGCUGAAGUAACAUUUUCUGCCCACAUUAAAUUUUACCAAAAAUUUAAAUUGUUAAAAUUAACUGCCAUUCUCUACAUAUAUUAUGGUUAGUAAAUGUUUUGAUGUUAAGGAGCUUUAAAUUUUUAGCAAAUUUUGGAUUCUAGCUGUAUCUUAAAUUGAAUCUUACUUUUCAAAUCACUGCCACCCCAGACUCAUAUCUUUGUAGAGUGGAAAAUGGACAAUAUAGUAACACUUCAUAUUGUUUGGAAAAAGGAUAUUCUGGUUUUAACUGACUUUUCCAGUUAAUUAAAUAUAAAACUCCUUUGAUACCUUUGGUUGUAAAAAUGGAACACAGAAGUAUUUGGUGGCAUAAGGCCAUUUUCUUAAGGAAGAGAUACAGUGAAAUUACUGCCUUUCCUAUUACUAGAAAAAUAAGAUUUUUGUGAACACCUCUACUGCAAGUUAGGGCAAGAUUAUCAGGAAUGUGUGCUCUUAGAAAGUUAGUUCUAAAUUCAAAUUGUGAUCUGUUUUUCAUUGGAUAUCAUAAAAACCAACUGGAGGGAAUUAAAACUACUGGAGGGAAUAUUGCAGGUAAUUUUACUUUGUUAGACCCUGUGAUGUCAAUGCGUGUCAGGUUUCAGAAUAAAAUUUUUAGUAGAGGGAA